UUUUAAUAUGAUCUAGUGUUAUGGCGCCGGUAGACAUUUCCAGAAAUUCAUUCAUAAUGAAAAAGUUCGAUGAUGCUAGUAACGACAUCGUAUUUUCCUUGCUAGUGGGUUGGAUCAGGCCCGGGCUAGGCUGGAGUUAUAUGUGGAAGAGAGAGGGGACAAAAAAAUAAAAAGAGAAAGGAGAGGUAAAAAUAAAGUCAAAUUUUCAGAAAAAAAGAAGAAGAAAGAAGUCAAAUUUGUAGUUUAACCGUGCACUUAACCUUAUGGGAUUCCAGCUUAUUGGCGGGAAAGAUUACCUUAUACUUUUGCUUUUCUUAUUUUUCUCCUCAAAUGUCCAUCCCACCCAGCUACAAAAUUAGGGUUUUGAUUGCACAGUAGCCGCACCGAACUCUAUUCUCCGGCAAUUUCCUGCCAAUUUUUUCUCAGAAAAUAUGAGUCCUGCUCAACUUUAAGGAAAUGGUUAAAGAGGAAAUUCUGCAAAUUACAAGAAGAACAACUCGGUCCUUUUCUUCAUCUGCUGCUGCAGGCAAUGAGGCUGAGAAAACAAAAAUAAGUGAACCCUACAAUCCCACACUCAAAGAUCUUGUUUUUGGAGGGAAUCACCUUAACUAUGAUGAUCUGCUAUCUAGUUUUCCCGCUAGGGGUGUCCAGAUUUCUCAGAUAACGCGUCUUUUGGGUCCAUUGAACUCUCCCAUGCUUCCUAUAUUUAUUUAUGGGGGUGCUUCUACUGGAAAAACCAGUAGUAUUCUGCAAAUUUUUAGACAUCUCAAUCGCCCUUUUGUUUAUGCAAGCUACCGGACUUGUUAUAGUCCUUGCCUCUUUUUUGAAUCCAUUUUAAAUCAGCUGUUGCUUCAUAGAAAGAAUGCAGUCAAUGGUUAUUCUAGUUCAAAACGCUGUGAAAAGCCAUCUGAUUUUGUUAAUUUUCUCCGGGAAUCUCUGCUGAGUGUCAUCAAUGAUCUCAAAGUGAACUCAGGGAAGAGCUCAAAUAAGUUGGCUGGGAAGCCCCAUGGAAGUAUGGUCUACUUGAUACUUGACAAUUUGGAGCUUGUUCGAAAUUGGGAUAAAAGUUCUAUUAUAUUACCUUUUAUAUUUAACCUUUAUGAUAUUUUGAAGAUGCCUGAACUGGGGCUUAUAUAUAUCAGUACCACUUCUCCUGAUACAUAUUACUCCAAUGUGGGAUAUAUAGAGCCUAUUCCUGUUUAUUUUCCUGAAUACACAGAAGAAGAUCUUCGCCAAAUUUUCAUGAGAAACCAAGCAAAUCAAAAGCUCUACUCAUCCUUUCUUGAUGUUGUACUCAAACCGUUUUGUAGAAUUACCAGACGAGUGGAUGAGUUAUCUACUGCAUUUUCAUCAUUGUUUAGAAAAUAUUGUGAUCCCUUGAAUGACUUGGAGCAUGUACCCAAUGAAGAGAUGAAGAGAAGGAUGUUCAGUCAUUUUCAACCACACAUUGCCCCUUCUUUGAAUGAGAUAUUCUGGGUUCCCUCUUGGCCUUCCCUUGAUGUUCAACCCAACAGGGAGAAAAAACAGAAAAGUGGCGUAAAAAAGUCCAGAGGUUGUGAAGAUUUUGCUGAGUUAGAUUUUCAUAUGUCUACUUCUGCAAAGUAUCUUCUUAUUUCAGCAUUCCUUGCUUCAAGAAAUCCAGCUACUCUUGAUGCAUCUUUGUUUGAUUCAACUGCGGGUUCAGACAGUCGCAAACGGAAGAGGAAGGCUUCUGUAAAAUCUAUGGAGCAGAAGGAAGCUGCAGAACAGGAAUUACUCAUGAAAGGACCUGGAACUUUCCCAUUAGAGAGGUUAUUAGCUAUAUUUCAAUGUAUAUCAUCUGUCGCAGAUGAUCCACUUGAUGAAGAACAUGAAAAUUGUGCACUACGAUUUGAAAGUGGAGAUAGUGGGUUCAUGUCAGAUGUCCUAAUGCAAUUGUCCAGCCUCUGUAAUGCUAAUUUUAUUAUAAAAGGAGGAAGCUGCCCUUUGGAGGGUUCAACUCGGUAUCGGUCUAUGAUUACUGAAGAUUUGGCUUUGAAGGUAGCUAGGAGCCUGAAGUUUCCUCUGCCAAACUACUUGUAUAGAAGAUAAUACCAAAUGUGGUUAUUAAGUAUUCUUCAAAGAUCAACCAUACAGAAGAGUUAGAGGUGAUGGUGCCUCAUUUUUUAUGACUGUAAUUUGUGCAUAUUCAAGUCAUCAACAUGGCAUCAUUAUUAUGUAAUGGAUUGACUAAUUAUUGUGAUCAACAUUGUGAAUGGGGUCAAAACUUGAAAGGGGCCAAUUUAGAAAAGUUAAUUUAGUAUGUGGCAACAAAUUAGUUCCUGGAAAGCCACAACUUACCCUUCAUUUUUCACUUUCUUCAAUGCAUGCAUUGGCCAAUUGAUCUUUUUAUUUAUUAACCCUUGUGCCA